GAAGAUUUUUGGUGCAGGAAGAGAAAGCUCACAGUAGUUGUUCUCAUCUUUGGUUUUGACCUAUAUCGUCUUUGGAUUUUGACAAGCAAGAAUAAUAAGAAAAACACAAAAUGGGAAAUGAAAGUUCUCUUCCUAUGGAACUAUGUUCAAACUUUGAUGCUGAUGAAAUACGACGACUUGGGAAACGUUUCAGAAAGCUUGAUUUAGACAACUCAGGUUCUUUGAGUAUUGAUGAAUUUAUGUCACUGCCCGAGUUACAGCAGAAUCCUUUAGUACAACGCGUUAUAGAUAUAUUUGAUGCCGACGGGAACGGCGAAGUGGAUUUUAAAGAAUUCAUACAAGGUGUUUCCCAGUUCAGUGUAAAAGGAGAUAAGGAAUCAAAACUGAGGUUUGCAUUCAGAAUAUAUGAUAUGGACAAUGAUGGGUACAUAUCCAAUGGGGAACUGUUUCAGGUGCUAAAAAUGAUGGUUGGUAACAAUUUGAAGGACACACAGCUUCAGCAAAUUGUUGAUAAAACAAUAUUAUUUGCUGACAAAGAUGAGGAUGGGAAAAUUAAUUUUGAAGAGUUUUGCUCUGUGGUGGGCAACACAGAUAUUCACAAAAAGAUGGUGGUUGACGUUUAACUUACAGUUGCUUCCAGCAUGAAUUCUAAAGCUAAGGGGAUGAAGUGGUGUCUCAUACUGUGAAAGUAAUGUUUGAUUUCACCUUUUGAUCUUCCUUCUCCAGACUCUGAAUAACAUAUAAGCGAGUGUGUUUGUUUCAUACAUUCUGAGGAAGCCUCGGGGUAACAUUUACUCGCGAGUGUUUGUUUCAUACACUGUUGAUAAGUCAAUACUGUAACAGUCUAAAUGUGAUUAACACAGAAAUUCCUUUUUUGUGUCUUUUCUACAGUUAUCUCCUAUCUUCAAUUUACUGCCACAUAUUUUCUAAGGAAGUUUCCUUGGAGUAUUUUGUGCAGUGAAAUCUUGUUGCAUGUUUAUCAUAUUGAUGUUCACAUUCAUUAAUACAUUAGUCUCACCAGGCACAUUAAACUGUGAUCUUUCAUAAAAUUUAUCAUGUAUAAAUAUGUAUAAAAGACGAUAAACUCAUUGUUACAUGUUGAAGGAACUUAUUCUGUAUCAAUUUAGUGAAACAUUAAACUCUGCUGCACACAUCUGUUGUUGCCAGGUAGCGUUCCUAGUCACGCUUUAAUGCUCAUUACCUUCUGAAGGUCACUUGCUGAACAGAUUGUGGAGAAAAGUGUAUAUCAUUCUGACUUUUCGGAAUGUAAUGAAGCUGUUCUCUAUGUAGCUGGCACAAGUGUACAAUAAAGAAUAGAGAGAGGAUUUGUCUUAGUGUGACAAAACUCGGUAAACCACUUCAUAAACAAAGUUCUAGUUUUUCGCAUAUUUACAUUACAUGAAAAUACAUAUUCAUAUAAUACAAUGCACUUUUACACGUUCUUAUAUACACAGAUUCUCUGGUUACAUUACAGAUUCAUUAUGAUACGGUGGAUGAGAUGUCUCAUUUCAAUAUAUCUCAUUAUGUUUUGUUUUUCGAAAUACUGUUUACCCUUGUAUUUCUCAAUUUCUCAGUCUAAAGCUUUAAUAUACCAUUUAUAAAUAUAACAUGUAUUUGUUUUAAAUUAUUUUACCUCAAGAUGUUUUCUUAAAUAUUUGUUUUUAUAUUUGAAAUCUAAUGUUUGUUAUUGAUGUGAUUUGUUCCAUUCAAACUGAUUUAGGCAUUUAAAGAAGGAUUGAAAUGUGAUGUAGAAAAUUUUGCAUGUACAUUUUGUGUGUUCGAAUAAAAUGAUUUUAUUACCCA